GCUCGCAAACAAAUUGAAAAAACUUGGGGAGCAAGAGAAUAGACGGGCAUAGCCGGCUCGUCGCCAGCGUCGCCUCCCUCGCUUAUUUUCUUUCUUCUUCACUUUCUCACAGAGCAAAUUGGAAGACGAGAACCAAGCAAAACCCUAAACAUCGGCAGUAACAUUAGCUCCGCCGCUUUCAAUCCUUCGUCCUCUUUAGUUUUUACAAUUCAGCUUCUGCUGUAGCUGCAACGGCCCCACUCUUUUCACUGCAAAGCCCAACAUGGCUAAGAUACCCGAGUGUGCAACGGAUUCUGUUGAGGCAGUUGCAUUCAGUUUCCUGACCACUGAAGAAAUACAGAAGACUAGCUUUGUGAAGAUAACAAAUCCCAUAUUGCUUGAUGGUGUAGAACGGCCCGUGCGCGGUGGACUGUAUGAUCCUGCAUUAGGCCCAUCGGAUGACAGGACUCUUUGUGAAUCAUGUGGUCAGCCUUCAAAACAUUGUCCAGGUCAUUUUGGUCGUAUUGAGCUUGUUUCCCCAGUCUAUAACCCUUUGCUGUUCAAUGCACUUAGCAGUAUUCUGCAAAGAACUUGUUUCUCUUGCCAUUGCUUUCGGGCCAGCAGACAUGAGGUGGACAAAAUUUCAUCCCAAUUGGAGCUCAUUGUGAAAGGGGAUAUUGUUGGGGCCAAAAAAUUGGAUUCACCUGACCCAAGUGAAUCCACAUGUAUGUGUGAUGAUGACCGGAGACAGUGUCAUAGUGCUGAGCACCUGCAAGUGAAGUGGAACUCACAUCAAUUUAGUGAAGCAAUGUCUGUUCUAAACAAUUUUCUGAGACGGGGUAACAAGAAGUGUAAUAAUUGUGGGUUUUCUAAUCCGAAAAUUAGUAAACCAACCUUUGGGUGGUUUAAUGUGAAUGGUCUCUCAAGUGAAAAAGCUAGAGGAAAUGUCAUUAGGCAAUAUGCUGAUGAAAUUAUCAGUGAUGUUAUUCCUUCAGAAAAUGGUGAUAAUUCAGAUGAAGACAUGCCUCCAACUACUUCUACAGGGACUAUUAAUAGUGCUUCAAAAGGGUAUCAGAAAAAACGUGAGGAAUUGGCUCAUGCGUUUGCUAAGAAUAAGAAAUUUUCUGGGCCUUUGUUACCAUCAGAGGUUAAAGGUAUAUUGGAACUUUUGUGGAAAAACGAGCCUCAAUUCUGUUCUCGUAUUAGUGACAUUCAAGAUCUGGGAUUUGGAAAGAAAGCAGGUCAUUUGAUGUUCUUUCUAGAGACUAUUCUUGUUCCACCAACCAAAUUCCGACCCCCAACCAAAGGAGGCGAGUCUGUGAUGGAGCAUCCUCAAACUGUUUUGUUGACUAAGGUCCUACAGUCCAACAUUUCCUUAGGAAAUGCCUAUCUCAACAACUUAGAUCACCCAAUAAUUAUCAGGCGGUGGAUGGAUCUUCAGCAAUCUGUAAAUCUGCUAUUUGACAACAGAACUAUGUCUGGUCAAAAAGAUGUUGCUUCUGGAAUUUGUCAGUUGUUAGAGAAGAAGGAAGGCAUCUUCCGCCAGAAAAUGAUGGGAAAGAGGGUUAAUUUUGCAUGCCGCUCUGUCAUAUCACCAGAUCCUUAUUUAGCUGUCAAUGAAAUUGGAAUUCCUCCAUAUUUUGCCUUAAGAUUAACUUAUCCUGAGAGGGUUACACCCUGGAAUGUAGUCAAGUUAAGAGAGGCUAUACGUAAUGGCCCAGAAUCCCACCCAGGUGCCACACACUAUGCUGAUAAAACAUCCACUGUCAAGCUCACCCAAAAUGGGAAAGUUCUAUCCAUGACCUCAAGGAAGCUGUCAUCUUCAAGAGGGGUUAUCAUGCAACAUGGCAAGAUACAAGAUCAUGAAUUUGAAGGCAAAGUUGUGUAUCGUCAUUUGAAGGAUGGAGACAUUGUGCUUGUCAACCGACAGCCUACACUUCAUAAACCCAGUAUAAUGGCACAUGUAGUUCGAGUCUUAAAGGGGGAGAAAACAGUGCGAAUGCAUUAUGCAAACUGCAGUACUUACAAUGCUGAUUUUGAUGGUGAUGAGAUUAAUGUUCAUUUUCCACAAGAUGAAAUUUCCCGUGCUGAAGCCUAUAACAUUGUAAAUGCCAAUAAUCAAUAUGUCAAACCUACCAGUGGUGAUCCAAUAAGAGCCUUGAUUCAGGAUCAUAUUGUCAGUGCUGCACUUCUUACAAAGAAGGAUACUUUUUUAAGUUAUGAAGAGUUCAAUCAACUUCUAUACAUUUCUGGUGUAUCCACUGCUUGGCUAGGCUCUUUCAAUGGGAAGCCUGGUCAGAAAAUUUAUGUGUCAAAUUCUAUGACUCAAAUUUCACUACUUCCUCCAGCAAUAUGGAAGCCAGAGCCCCUAUGGACUGGAAAACAGGUUAUCAGUGCAUUGAUAUAUUAUAUUGCCAGAGGUCACACCCCAUUUACAGUUGAGAAAAGUGCAAAAAUCCCACGUGAUUUUUUCAAGACUCAAACUGGGGAGAGGAAAAAAGGCACAGGAGGAGGUAUAUCAAGAAAGAAUGAAGAGCCUGAUGAGGAUAAAUUGUUGAUAUAUAAAAAUGAUUUAGUCCGUGGUGUAGUUGACAAGGCUCAAUUUGGUGACUUCGGCAUGGUACAUACAGUGCAAGAACUUUAUGGCCCAGAUAUUGCUGGCAAUCUGCUUUCGUCAUUAAGUCGUUUAUUCACAGCCUUUUUACAGAUGCAUGGGUUCACUUGUGGAGUAGAUGAUCUUCUAGUAACUGAAGAAAAGGAUGGUGAAAGGAAGAAGCAACUUGAAAGCUGUGAGGAAAUUGGUGAAACUGUUCAUCGUGAAUUCAUUGAAGCCAUGGAUGGUGCUGAAAUGGACUCUUUCACACUUCAAUUAAAUAUUGAGAAAAAAAUACGUGAAAUUGGAGAAGCAGCCUUAACAUACUUGGAUAGGAAGAUGAUAAGCAGUCUUAACUCCAAAACAAGCUCUGGGGUGUUGAAGGUGCUUCUUUCUGAAGGAAUAUUGAAACCUUCCGGAAAGAAUUGUAUUUCUCUUAUGACUACAUCUGGAGCUAAAGGUAGCAUGGUUAAUUUCCAGCAAAUAUCUUCUCAUUUAGGUCAACAAGAGUUGGAAGGAAGACGAGUCCCUCGCAUGGUUUCUGGAAAGACCUUACCAUGUUUUCCUCCGUGGGAUUGCUCCUCUAGAGCAGGAGGGUUUAUUAUUGAUCGGUUUCUUACAGGUCUACGUCCACAAGAAUAUUACUUCCAUUGCAUGGCUGGUCGUGAAGGAUUAGUUGACACAGCAGUCAAAACAUCAAGGAGUGGAUACCUGCAAAGAUGCCUGAUAAAAAACCUCGAAUGCCUAAAAGUCUGUUAUGAUCAUUCUGUCCGCGAUGCUGAUGGGUCGAUUAUUCAGUUUCAUUAUGGAGAAGAUGGGGUGGAUGUCCAUCAAACUAGCUUUCUCACCAAAUUUGAAUCAUGGUUAACUAAUAAGGAAACGAUUUACAGCAAAUGUCACCGUGAGAUAGACAGAUCCAGUCCUUAUAUUAACAAGUUGCCCAAUGCUCUUAAAGAAAAAGCAGAAAACUUCAUUUGUGGCAUCUCUUCUAAGAAUAGAAUUUUUGGUUCAAUUAAUCGAGCAGAGUUCUUGAAGUUGAUGGAGCACAAGUAUGUCUCAAGUCUUGCACAGCCAGGAGAACCAGUUGGUGUGUUGGCUUCUCAAUCUGUGGGAGAACCGUCAACACAGAUGACUUUAAAUACAUUCCACCUUGCUGGUCGAGGUGAAAUGAAUGUGACUCUUGGAAUUCCGAGACUGCAAGAGAUCUUGAUGACUGCCUCACGUGAUAUCAAGACCCCAGUCAUGACAUGCCCCUUGAGACAGGGUAAAUCCAUGGACCAUGCCAUUCGCCUUGCUGAUAACCUAAAGAAAAUAACAGUAGCAGACAUAAUAGAGAGUAUGAAAGUGUCUGUUGUACCAUUAGCUGUUGAUGGUGGUGAUAUUUGCAGUAUAUAUAAGUUGGAGAUGAAGCUUUACAAGCCUAAACACUACCCAAAGUACGCUGAUAUAUUGCUUGAGGACUGGGAGGAAACUCUAGAAGUUGUCUUUGUUAGAGAGUUGGAGGAUGCUAUUGAAAAUCACUUGCUACUGCUCUCUAAGAUAAGUGGCAUAAAAAACUUCACGUCAGAUUCUUCAAAAAGUUUGGAGGAAGAUGAUUCUACCAAUGGUUCUAAAGACAAAAAAGAUCACAAUGAUGGUGAUGGUGGUGGUGACGAUGACGACGACGAUGGUGGGGAGGAUGCUGAAGAGGGUGAGGAUCUUGGUACUGAUGCACAGAAAAGAAAACGACAAGGUAGGGAUGAAAUUGAUUAUGAAGAUGGUGCUGGUGAAGAAACACAUGAAGGAGAGCAGUUGGAGGAAACAAUUGGAGAGGAUGAUAUUCAUGAUGAAAGUGAUAUUGAAGUCAAUGAGAAUGAUGUCACUCGAGUACUUGAAUCCAAGAACGGCAAGUCUAUUGAUGAAAAGCCUAAAAUGAAAUCUAAAAAUAUACUAAAAAAAGAAACCGACAGGGCAGUCUUUGUCAAAGCAAAAGGGAUGCAUUUCGAGGUCCAUUUUAGAUUUACCAAGGAACCUCAUAUUUUGUUGGCUCAGAUUGCUAGCAAAACAGCGAAGAAGGUUUGCAUCCAAAACUUUGGUAAGGUUGACCAAUGUAGAGCUAUUACGUGCAAGGAGAAUCAAGUAAUCUACUAUGGUAAAGAUCACAGGAAAAGGGAAGAUAUUCCAUCCUCAGUAAAGGAAAAAAUACCAGCACUUCAGACGACCGGUGUAGAUUUCGUAACAUUCUGGGAAUUGCAAGACCAACUUGAUGUUAGGUUCAUAUAUUCAAACAACGUCCAUGCGAUGCUAGAGACGUAUGGGGUGGAAGCUGCCAGAGAGACCAUCAUCAGGGAAAUAACAAAUGUUUUCAAAUCUUAUGGUAUAUCUGUAAAUAUUCGGCACUUAACCCUUAUUGCCGAUUAUAUGACGCAUGCGGGUGGCUAUCGUCCUAUGAGCAGAAUUGGGAGCAUAUCUGAGUCCGUAUCUCCUUUAAGCAAGAUGUCUUUCGAGACAGCAGCCAGAUUCAUAGUUGAAGCAGCCUAUCAUGGGGAGGUUGACUGCUUGGAGACGCCAUCUUCGAGAGUCUGUCUUGGGUUGCCAGUAAAGAUGGGUACUGGGAGUUUUGACUUGAUGCAUAAGCUCUAACUUGGUGCGGUCUUCACUAAAGUAUCAUUGCUGGUGUUCCUACAAAAUUUUGACCUUGCUGUAAUCUAUGGUUUGCAAGUUUUUUUUUUUUUUGAAAACAUUUUUUCGGUUGAGAAAGGCAGUUAAUGUAUUGAUAGAAGGUUCAGGCCAAAAAAUGUAUUGAUUGAUAGAUGUUUUGUCGCUGCCCUUACAGUUGAUUCGCAUAGAACCAGUGGUGAUCAUCUAUCCUGUUAUUUUCCCCCUUGUACCAAAGGAAAAGAGAAUAGUACAUUAUGAUAUUAUCAUUGUUUUGAUAA